CUGAACUGUGAGCCGCCUUUUCCAUCCAUCCUUUAACCUCCGCUGGCCAAUACUGUGGACGUUGUCCGGCUUCCUUCGGAGUUAUACGUGGGUCAUUGUGCAGACCACCACACAAGAAGGAGGAGGGGGCGAAACUACCUGAAGCUAUCCCAGGAAGAGUGCUUCCACGCUCCCAUACAGGUGCCCCUCAGGGUGAGUUGAGCGUCCACCACAUUCCUUGACCUCCACUCAAGGCUGCUCCACCAACCUCAGCACCCCCUCCCACCCGAGGAAAAGGCCUCAGCCUCCUCCAUAACCUUUGACCUUUGACCUCCCUACCUGAGGAUAUCUGCAUCCACAUAUGUACUCCUGCUGUCAGGGAUCGUGGCUAUGGUUACCAUUUUUACGACUUUGCGUCAUUUCGAAGUUACCUGUGUCCGUCUGAAGAGUUCAUUUGAGCGGAGGUCCACUGUUUGAAGGCUCCACUGAUAAAGUAUCGCUGGAGCAUCUUUGGAGCUUUUUUGAUACUGAGGAAUACACUGAAGCUGAAGACGCCACUCAAACUGUGGAAUUCUACCGUACAGUUUCCUUGGGAAAUAACUUCCUGUCGCCUGAGCUGCAGUGUACGUCGACCUUCGACCUUGUCAGCCCUCUGAACUGGAUUGACCUCUGACCCCUGACCUGUGACCUGCUCCUGGGGCGCGAUGGAGCCGGACUCUCCGAGCCUCUCUCUGCGGUCAGCCGGCUCGCGUCUCUCUGGGGCGCUGACGAGCGAUGGCGAGUCCUUCUACAGCACCGCCAGUCUGCCCUGCACCCACUUCCUGUCUGCCAACGUCAUCACCGUGGUGGAGAAAUGCAUGAGCUCCAUGCAGUCGGGUUGUCAGAUGGUGAAACUGCGCGGCGGUUCCAAAGGCCUGGUGCGCUUCUUCUACCUGGACGAACACAAGUCCUGCAUCCGCUGGAGACCCUCACGCAAGAACGAGAAGGCCAAGAUCUCCAUCGACUCGAUCCGUGAGGUGUGCGAGGGCAACCAGUCGGAGAUCUUCCAGCGCUACGCGGACGGCAGCUUUGACCCCAACUGCUGCUUCAGCAUCUACUAUGGGGAGCACAUGGAGUCCCUGGACCUGGUGUCCGGCACCGGAGAGGAGGCGCGCACCUGGAUCACCGGACUCAAGUACCUGAUGGCCGGCAUCAGCGACGAGGACAGCCUGGCCAAGAGACAGAGGACGCGGGACCAGUGGCUAAAGCAGACGUUCACGGAGGCGGACAAGAAUGGAGACGGCAGCCUCAGCAUCAGCGAGGUCCUGCAGCUCCUGCACAAACUCAACGUCAACCUGCCACGCCAGAAAGUCAAGCAGAUGUUCAAGGAAGCAGACACGGAUGACAACCAGGGAACGCUGGGCUUCGAGGAGUUCUGCUCCUUCUACAAGAUGAUGUCCACGCGCCGCGACCUCUACCUGCUCAUGCUCACCUACGGCAACCACAAGGACCACCUGGACACUGACGACCUGGCGCGCUUCAUGGAGGUGGAACAGAAGAUGACCAAGGUGACUAAAGAACACUGCGCGGAGGUUGUGGCAAAGUUUGAGCCCUGCCCUGACAACCAGAAGCAAGGGGUUCUGGGUAUCGAUGGAUUCACCAACUACAUGCGGAGUCCGGCGGGGGACGUCUUUAACCCGGCGCACUACGAGGUGUUGCAGGACAUGAGCCGGCCGCUGUGCGACUACUUCAUCGCCUCCUCCCACAACACCUACCUGAUGGGCGACCAGCUCAUGUCCCAGUCCCGCGUCGACAUGUACGCCUGGGUCCUGCAGGCUGGCUGCAGAUGUGUGGAGGUGGACUGCUGGGAUGGACAAGAUGGAGAACCUAUUGUGCACCACGGCUACACCUUGACUUCCAAAAUCCUCUUCAAAGACGUCAUUGAGACCAUCAACAAAUACGCCUUCGUUAAGACCCCGUACCCAGUGAUCUUGUCCAUAGAGAACCACUGCAGUAUCCCGCAGCAGAAGAAGAUGGCCCAGUACCUGAUGGAGGUCCUGGGGGACAAGCUGGACCUGUCGUCCGCCGCCCCAGACGAGUCCGGACGCUUGCCCUCCCCAGAGGCCCUCAAGGGCAAGAUCCUCGUCAAGGGAAAGAAGCUCCCCCCUAACAUUGAUGAGGACGCUGAGGAAGGGGAUGUGUCAGACGAGGACAGUGCAGAUGAGAUGGAGGACGACUGCAAACUGAUGAACGGAGAUACGUCUAUGAGUCGUAAGCAGGUGGAGAACGUGGCCAAGAAGAAGCUGGAUAACCUGAUGAAGGAGUCCAAGAUCCGGGACAGAGAAGACCCCGACAGCUUCACCAUCUCAGCGCUGCCCCCUUCAGGCAAGAAGGACAAGGACAAGUCUCCACACAAGGGUAAAGCAGAGGACAGCGCUGACACCACAGAUGAGGCCAACUCCAGCACUAACAAGCGCAUGGGACGCUCCUUCAUGGGCAGCUUCUCCAAACGCAAGAAAAAGUCGACGAAACUGAAGAAGACCUCGAGCUUUGAGGACACCGAUACGGACCAGGAGAGCACCAGCAGUGCGUCACGGGCACCUCUCCAUCACAGCAGGAAGAAGAAGACCAUGAAGCUGUCCAGGGCUCUGUCUGACCUGGUCAAGUACACCAAAUCAGUGGGCCUGCAGGACAUAGAGGCACAAGCAGCCUCGGCCAGCUGGCAGGUGUCGUCCCUGAGCGAGACGAAGGGUCACCAGAUCCUGCAGCAGAAGGCGGCCCAGUUCAGCCACUUCAACCAGCGGCAGCUCUCGCGCAUCUACCCCUCCUCCUACCGCGUGGACUCCAGCAACUUCAACCCACAGCCUUUCUGGAACGCAGGCUGCCACCUGGUGGCCCUGAACUACCAGUCAGAGGGACGCGUUCUCCAGCUGAACCGGGCCAAGUUCUACAGCAAUGGCAACUGUGGCUACAUCCUGAAGCCUGACAGCAUGUGCCAAGGUGCCUUUAACCCAAUGCUGGAGGACCCUCUGCCCGGCUGCAUGAGGAAACAGUUGGUGCUGAAGAUUAUCAGUGGACAGCAACUGCCCAAACCCAAAGACUCUAUGCUGGGAGACAGGGGAGAGAUCAUUGACCCAUUUGUGGAGGUGGAGGUCAUCGGCCUGCCAGUCGACUGCUGUAAGGAACAGACACGCGUAGUGGACGACAAUGGUUUUAACCCCAUGUGGGAGGAGACACUGGUAUUCACAUUGACCAUGCCUGAACUGGCUCUUAUCCGCUUCCUGGUCUGGGACCACGAUCCCAUUGGCCAGGACUUCAUCGGCCAACGGACAAUCGCCUUCAACAGCAUGAUGACUGGCUACCGUCAUGUCUACCUGGAAGGGAUGGAGGAGGCUUCCAUCUUUGUCCAUAUAGCUGUGAACGACAUCACUGGUAAGGCGCGGGCGGCCAGCGGCAUAAAAAGCCUGUUUCACAGAAACCCAAAGCAAGCUUCUCUCGACAGCCAUGCUGCUGCGCUGCUCAGCCGUAAGUCGCCGUUCGGGGCGCACCUGCUGCGGCGCACCGCCAGCGCCCCCUCCAAGGCCCCGGGGGCCCCCAAGGGCCCGGCCCAGGGCCUCCCCGACCUCCCCACACACCCCACCAAAGACUGCGGCCCCAGGGGAGGAGAGCCCGGCGGCCCCCAGCCCAGACAGGCGGCAGGGUCCGCGGCAGGUCCGGCGGCCGAGGGCGACGUCGGAGCGGGAGCAGGAGCCGGCGCGGCGGACGGAGGCGCAGCCCCGCACCCCUGGGGGGGCACCAACGGCCAGCUGCACCCGGGCGACAGCAAAGGCCUACAGCACAUCCAGAGGUUCCUCUCUCCUUACCCUGCCCUCGAAUCCAUCUCUGAGGAGCUGAGUGACCGACUGCUCCCCUCCUCCUCCACCUCCUCCUCCACCACCACCACCACCACCUCCUCCGCUCCCUCCCCGGCCCUCUCCCCUUCUGCUCUCCUCCCCUCCCCCAUCUCUCCUCCUCCUCCUCCCCCCCUCACUGACCAAGCCUCGACCCCGGGUCCUGCAGCGGACCAGCAGAUCAGUCACCCUCCCGUCCACAAGACGCCGGCGUCCCUUCCCGCUCUGUCCCCCCCUCAUCCCGGGACACCGUCGCCGGUCAGCAGCCGGGGGGGGUCAGAGCCGCCGGGCGCUACCGUGACGAGCCCCCCUCUCCCCGGCGGCAGCAUGCAGCCGUCAGCGGCCGCGGAGGAUCGCGGGGAGGCCGACCCCGAAAGCUCCUCGCCCCGCCAGGGCGUCCACGCUCUCCGCGCCCUCUUUGACCGCGACUCCCCUCAGAAGGCCCCGGGGCCGGCACCCCGCGCCAACACGCACGCCCCCGUCCGUAGGGCCAAGAGCGAGGGCCAGGUGCGCUACGGAGCGGCCGUCACGUCGACGUCGUCUUUGCCCGCGCCCACUCCGGAGGUGGUGAUGGACGCGACGAUCGGCGACCGGCUGUGGAGCGUGCUGGAGGGCACCAGCCACCGCGACAGCGUCUCCUCCUCGUCCUCCAUCUCGUCCAACGACACUGUGAUCGACCUCUCCCUGCCCAACCUGGCCUCUCGCUCCCACCGGCCCUCCUCCUCCUCCGCUCCCUCCUCCGCCGCCUCCUCCUCCUCCUCUCCGCUCCGAGGUCCGCACGCGGCGCCCCCCGCUGGCCACAGGGACACCCCGCGGCCCGUCUCCAAGUCCAAGUCCAACCCCAACCUGCGGCAGGCCGAGCUGGACGAGCUGGACGAGCUGCGUCCGCGGCCGCUGACCAAGGAGCCGCCCGCCGCGCCGCCGGCCCUCAUGCAGCGCCGCCACACCUGGAGCCGCCUCUACAUGGAGGGCCUGAAGCAGGCCGCCAAGGCCACCAGCACCACCACCACCACCGGCCCCCGCAGGGUCCCCCCGACCCCCCCGCCACGCCAGGGCGAGCUGGACUCCAAGUCCAAGAGCCUGGGCGACCUGACGUCGGACGACAUCGCCUGCCACUUCGACAGCAAGUACCGCAGCAUCAGCCGCAGCUUCCUGUGCCGGCCGCCGCCCCGCGACCAGCGACGCCUCGGAGGCGCCCUGGCCCUCGCCAAGCCCCGCGACACGCUCACCGAGCAGCUCAAGCGGCUGACCGACGUGGAGCCGCUCACCUCCAGCGACUUCGCCUCGCCGCCGCCGCCGCAGCAGCCCUGGCACGGGUCCCCCGAGGCGGGCGCGGACGAGUGGGAGCAGCCCCCGCCGCUGCGCCGCAUGUCCUCGCGGAGCCAGAGCCGCGUGCGCUACAUCGCCAACCGCGCCAAGCAGGCGCAGGAGCGCCAGAGGCUGCAGGGCAUGCUGGGGAGGCCGGCGGCGGGGGGGCCCCUGGAGGAGAGGGGGAACCCCGAGGGCGCCUGCACCGUGGCACGAAGCCCCUGCUCCAGCCUGGACCUGCUCAGCCAGCUGCCCCCUGCCCCUCUGCCCCAGAACCACCAGAACCAUCUCAGCCACCAGAACCAAACCCAGAACCAAACCCAGAACCAGUUAGGCCCACAGGACAAUGGGGUGUUCUUCAGACUCAAGCUCUGAGAAACAGAGAGAGAAAGAAAGAGAGUGAUGCAAUCUACUGAACUGAACUGAACUGAACUGGACUGGACAAAACUGGACUAUAAUCUGGGCAAAAGAAGCACACAAUCCUAUUAUUGUAAUAAAAAAUAAUAUGAUAAUAUCAUUCUUUUUAAAAACACAUCCUCCAAUUCCUUGAAGCAAUGAAAAAUUGUUGUUUUGUCUUUUUUCACUUGUUUUGUUUUGUUUUGUUGAUUUGUAAUGAAUCUGUAUAUGUUGAUGGAGUCUGUUGAGAAAUCUUUGUUUUGAAGCACUGAAAAUACUACUUCCUCCACACACCUACGCCCACUGUACUACUUCCUCCACACACCUAUGCCCACUCUGCAUACUAAUACUCCAUCAUUGCCCUUUUUCCUCGGAUGUUGCAAGAUGUGUUUGGUUGAAACGACUAACACCACACAUACAGUGAAGCAAUGGCUAUGCUGUCUCGUCUCUAAUAAUUGCUGUCAAAUCACACACUGCUGUGAAGUGCACGCGUUUAGGUUUCUAACAGCCUAGUUAAGUCACUUUGUAGAAAAACAAUAACAAAAACACGUCUUUUUUUAUAUUUGAAAGAAAAUGUUAAGAGCACCACCUGAAUCUGUUCUGAGUUUUGAGGCACGUGUUCCAUGCGUCUCCUCCUUCCCCUCGAUGACUCCUGUGCGCCCCGCUGCACUAAAUGAAGAGCAUGAAGGAGGAGAACCUUCCGGAAAGCGGAGCCGUGCUGUAGGGGGUGUUAUGGGCUGGCAAGGCCCUCGUAGCAUUGGGAACCCAUCGUCUAACACGCUCCUCUAUUUCACUGCUUGUACUUGCUCGGAGACUGUACGUGCUUGCACACUAUGUUGGGUAGUAGAUGUAUGUGUUUUUUUUGUUUGUUUUUGUUUUUGUUUUUAGCAAUAUUUUCAAAGAAUUUAUGAAUGCAUUUUAAACAUACUGAGUUAUAAGGUAUUGGGACAUUUUUAUAUAAGGAAAAUGGGAAUGUCUUUGCUAUAAAUGCAUUGUUUCAUGGGAUAGCGGUCUUUUUAAAUGAAAUUUUAUAUUCUGUGCAGAUAUAGCGAAAAAAAAGAGAGAAACAGCCUGGCUUUUUAUUUCGGCAAGCUGUUGGUAGCAACGCACGAUGGCACCAGGUCACCUGGCUCUGCAUUUUUAACCAUUUCGGGAUCUUUUUUAUCGAGUCUUGCUGAUAGAUUGCCCCCUUUUAAAUUCGACUGCAUGUUUUGUAUGCAUUCUAAUCUCCUGUAUGGGUCUGGUUCAAAGGAGACUCUUCCACCUGCAUAUGUUGAUCAGUGUUGAGAUGCUGAAGGCCUCUAUCUCUGAUUGGCCACAGAAGUUUGAUCUCCCUUUUUUAUUCCCAUCUUUUUGGUUAUUUUUGUUCAUUAUUUUAUUAUUAUUAUUAUUAUUAUUAUUAUUAUUAUUAUUUGUUAUUGUUAUUAUUGUUAUUAUUAUUUAGAUGUUAAUUGACUGUAAGACUAUGGAGAGCUGUGUGGAAGCAGUGUUUGCGGAUCCUACUGUGUGGUCUGGCACUGUCAUGACAGAUGGCACACCGGGGAUUGUUAGGGAUGAUAUUUAAGUAAAAGCAAAAGUCAUUAGAA